UUAAUUUUGGUUGCAGCUCAAACUGACCUCAUGCUUCAUGAUUUGACACCUUAUUGUGGACACGUAUAACACAGGCAUAUGAGAAGUUUUUGAUGAUAUGAGUGUUAAUACGAAUGCAGAAGCUCCUGUAGCAGCACUUCCUUGUUCACACCAGCUCGUACUGCACCUCUAUGAGAGUUUCAGGUUUAGGUAGCCAGAGUGUGUCCUCCUUCCUUCAGUACAGGAUAUACUUCUCACUGCCGGCAGCAGUUGCUUCUUGACCAAUAUGGCAAAAUGGAAACUGUGCUUUGUUCUGCUUCUGAUGCUGACUGUGUGUUUUGCAGACAAAGUCACUCUAGUGAAAACCAUUGGGAGGGAACCAGAUGCCACUCCAAUAUGCAGCAAUGCAACACUGAGUACCAUCAUACUUAUAGUGUGCAAGAUCAGACCAGAAAAGAGUGGAGUAGAGUGUCUUCUGCAGUAUGGACAUGGACGGGACUUUGUGCACGAAUGUGACUACAGAUUCACACUAAUGAUGGAGAAUCAGACUGUGUUCCUCCACCUGACCAGUUUAACACCAGUGGAUAGUGGGACCUACACCUGUGAGUGUUCACAUCGUGAUGGAACAGAUAUUCUCCAUCUUAAUAUCACUGUGGAAGAUGUUUCAGAGGAGGAAGACACCAGCAGUUCAACACAAAUGCCGAUUCCAAAUGUUUUAAUCGGUGUAACUAUAGUCAUCAUGGUAGCUGCAGUUAUCUUCGGGUUUAUCUACAUAAGUAUACGUCAAGGACAACCAAAGCCACCGAGCAGUCUUCCAAACACGGAGCCAGAAGACAUCGAGCCGUACAGCAUCUUCAUACAGAGAGACAAUGGGCUUUAUUCAACUACCAGAGUGCAUGUCUGUAACACUAACACUGAUAAUUCAAGCAUGUCUACCACAGUGGCCACACAUUGAAGGAAGUUGUUGAAGAGAUCCAAUAAUACUGUAUAACUGAAAUGGGACCUGUUGUCCACAAGGUGGCACUCUUUUGCUUUGUGACAACUUGUGUAUUUCAUUCUAUGUGAUGUGACCGUUAUUUUUAAUUAAAGUAAUAUAAUAUAGUUAUCAUUGUAGCAGGGUAGUGAUGCUUUUAACUAUUAUUCACAAUAAUACGCUUGCUUUGUUUUUGUGUGUUAUGCAUCUUCUGCCAAUGCAAGAAAGACUUUUAUGAUUGUUAUGGAUAAUAAAUCCUUAAACAUUUGCUCAACAUAGCUGCUUUACAGUGCAUGAAUUAAAGAAAUUAUAAUUAUAA